AUGACCAAAUUGCUGGAACGUCUCAGUUGCAACACUACCAAAUCAAGACGGAAACGUGUUGAUGGCGGGUGCCUUGAGUAUCCCGGCUGUGAAGAUUCAAGAAAAUUGCUGAAAGACACAGUCGAUGAAAGCCGAAAGGCCUGGUUGGGCGGAGUUGCGUCCUAUCCAACCUCCGGUAGUGGGCUUGAUGAUGAGUGUAUAAGUCCGAAUCUGCGAUGGGUCCGUUACAAACACAAGAUAAGUCCACCUAGUGGCAUAUAUUUAGGUUUAUGCGAUCAAGAUGAUAAGGCAUCACCUUCAAGUCAAGGCUUUAACAGUAUGGGGAAGAACUCUGACGCUGUCUUGAGUGGUAAAAUCUCUAUUAUUAGAGUUGACACACAGCCGAACCCGUCUAGUAAUGGUGGUCUGACCAGUACCACGCCUUCGGGAGUCAAGUGA